UAUGUGGAAUGAGCUUCCAGUGGAAGUGGUGGAGGCAGGUUCAAUUUUAUCAUUUAAAAAUAAAUUGGAUAGGUAGAUGGACGGGAAAGGAAUGGAGGGUUAUGGUCUGAGUGCAGAUAGAUGGGAAUAGGUGAGAGUAAGUGUUCGGCACGGACUAGAAGGGCCGAGAUGGCUUGUUUCCGUGUUGUAAUUGUUAUAUGGUUAUCUCACAGAAACCUAUAGAAAAGGGCUAUCAUUUGUCAGAACUGGAGAUUUUGGUUGACGAUUGUCAUAGAGACAUGGAGACAAGAGACACGAGACAUUUAUUGUCACAUGCAGCAAUUGGUACAGUGAAAUUUGGGGUCUCCAUACAGCCAUACGAAUAAAAAGAGAGGAACAGAACAUGAUGGGAAUGGGAAUCAAGCACCAGAGGACAUAGGUUUAAGGUGAGAGGGGAAAGAUUUAAGGAGCAAAUCCUUCACACAAAGGAUGGUUGGUACAUGGAAUGAGCUGCCAGAGGAGGUAGUUGAAGCAGGUACUAUCAUAACAUAUAAAAUAUAUUAGAACAGAUACAUGGAUCAGAAAGGUUUAGAAGGAUAUGGGCCAAAUCCCAUAUCCAUGUGGAACUUGUGUAGUUGGCAUUUUAGUUGGCUUUAGACAAGUUAGACCAAAGGACCUGUUUCCCGCUAUAUGACUCUUUGCAUCAGUCCCUUUGGCCCACUGAGUUUGCACAUGGAACCUAGAACAGUACAGUGCAGGAACAGUCCCUGUGGUCCACAAUAUCUGUGGAUGUUUCCAAGUUAAACUCCCCUAAUCUCCUCUGCCUGCACUUGAUCUAUAUCCAUCCAUUCCUGCAUUCCAUGUGCCUAUCUAAAAGUCUCCUAAAUGCCUUUAAAAUAUCUGCCUCCACCAUCAUACUUGUACUGACCAUCAAACAUUGAUUUACAUGAAUCCUAUUUUACCCCAACACUAAUCCCAUUGUUAUUCUCCCCUCAUUCUCGACAACCCCCGCGCCCCAGAUUCUAUCACCCACUUACACGUUAGUGACCAAUUGUUGUACCAACCUUGAGGUUUUUGGGGAACCGGGAGGAAACCAGAGCACUUGGAGGAAACCCUGGUGGUCACGGGCGAAAUAUGCAAACUCUGCACUGACAGCACCAGACGUUAGGACUGAACUCUACCGCCAAUUUUCAACGCUAAUUGUAAUCCACGUGUACAUGCAGUAGGACCUGUACAUCCUGAAAUGUUAACUCACCACAGAUGCUGCCUGUCCUGCUGAGCACUGUCAGAUUUCCCUGCUGUGAUUUAUUGGCCGUGGUAUAAACGGUUAAGGAAAUCAAUUGUUGAAGCGCCAAUGAAGUAUGCAUGUGCGAUCAUUUGGGAGCAUUAUUUCCAACGCACAUCCAGUAGAAUCACACCCCAGCUUGGAAUGGCGUGGCGUGAAUGAGUGGAUGGCGCUCUCCUCGGAUGCAAGGAGGCAGCCUGACUGACAUCCCUCACUCCGCCCCUACUACCCAAUGCUGCCAGUUGGCAUCUCCCGUCUCCAGCACAACUGCGAGCAAGGCAGGCGGCGUCUGUCCACGCCGGAUAGUGUGCAGAGCAACGGCAGCGUGACUGAAGGUGCAACAGUGCCCGAUUGAAAAGGCUAAUAAAAUAAAGGCGAGAAGCGAAGCGGCAGCGGCAGCGGCGAGCUUGGGGCUGGGCUCUUGCUCCGGGAAGGGAUGCCCGCUGCCGGUGUCUAAGCAGCUCUCGCAAGUGGACUGGGAAGCAAUGACCAUUCGCUCUCUCCCGUGUAGAGUGUCUGUCCACAGCCAGGGUCCCCGUCAAUGAGAAAGAGCCCAGCGUGACAGAUGGUUCGCGGCAACAUGUCCAAAACCCAAGAGAUCCGGAUGGGUAUCAUGGAAACGCCAAGCAUUCAGUCUUCUGGAAGAGGUGCAAUAAGGAAAAACAGAUUCAAAGGAUCUGAAGGCAGCACCUCAUCAGACACAACAUCCAACAGCUUUGUGAGACAGGGUUCGGCGGACUCCUAUACCAGCCGUCCAUCUGAAUCAGAUGUAUCUCUGGAGGAAGACCGCGAGGCAGUACGGAGAGAAGCACAGCGCCAAGCCCAAGCCCAGCUGGAGAAAGCAAAGACUAAACUGGUUGCAUUUGCUGUACGGACAAAUGUUGGCUACAGCGCAGCCCUGGACAACGAUGUCCCUGUCCCAGGCAUGGCUAUCUCUUUCGAAGCAAAGGAUUUUCUGCACGUCAAAGAAAAAUUCAGUAACGACUGGUGGAUUGGACGGUUGGUUAAAGAAGGCUGUGAAAUAGGAUUCAUCCCCAGUCCAGUGAAAUUAGAAAAUAUGAGACUGCAGAGUGACCAAAAAACAAAGCAGGGAAAAUAUCACUCAAGUAAAUCGGGUGGAAAUUCAUCUUCCAGUAUAGGUGAUGUGGUCCCUACUUCCAGGCGAUCCACUCCCCCCUCAUCUGCUCUUGAUUUAGAUGCAAGUGGCUUAGAUGCAGAAGACAUUGAUCCCCAGGCAAAUCAGCGAACCCCUAUAACCAGUGUAAACAGUGUAACGUCUCCCCAGUCUAAAGAGAAAAGAAUGCCCUUUUUUAAGAAGACUGAGCAUGUCCCUCCCUACGAUGUAGUGCCUUCUAUGCGACCAGUGGUUCUCGUGGGGCCUUCUUUGAAAGGAUACGAGGUGACAGAUAUGAUGCAAAAAGCAUUAUUUGACUUCCUGAAGCACAGAUUUGAAGGAAGAAUAUCAAUCACACGGGUCACAGCUGACAUCUCCCUUGCCAAACGCUCAGUGUUAAAUAAUCCUAGUAAGCACGCAAUAAUUGAACGCUCAAACACAAGAUCGAGUUUGGCUGAAGUCCAAUGUGAAAUAGAACGGAUUUUUGAAUUGGCAAGAACACUGCAAUUAGUAGUUCUAGAUGCAGAUACGAUCAACCAUCCAGCUCAGUUGGGCAAAACCUCUUUGGCUCCUGUUAUAGUCUAUGUAAAAAUUUCAUCUCCGAAGGUAUUGCAACGAUUAAUAAAAUCAAGAGGAAAAUCCCAGGCUAAACACCUGAAUGUCCAGAUGGUAGCAGCAGACAAACUGGCUCAGUGUCCUCCAGAACUAUUUGAUGUAAUCCUUGAUGAAAAUCAGCUAGAAGACGCCUGUGAGCACCUCUCUGACUACCUAGAAGCUUACUGGAGAGCUACCCACCCUCCGAGUAGCAAUCCUCCCAACCCUCUCCUCAGCCGGACAAUGGCCAGCGCAGCUCUUCCUUCAAGCCCAGCACCAGUCUCCAAUCUGCAGGGUGAACAGAAACAGGGAGAGCAAAACCGUGUACAUUCAGGACCUGAGAGAUCUGCUUCCCAGGAGGAAGAGAAGCAACCGGAGCCAGUAAAAAAGCCCCAACACCGAACUUCUUCCUCGGCCAAGCACCACAAUCACAGGGGCACAGCGAGUCGGGGCCUGGAGAGGCAGGAAACAUUUGACUCGGAAACGGAGGACAGCAGGGAUUCUGUGUAUAUAGAACCAAAGGAUGAUUGUAUGGAUAGUCACGGCGAUCAUUAUAGCUCACAUCAGGAUCACAACCAUACAGAAGAAGUCCAAGGUGACUGCAGCCACAGGCAUCGAGAAUCACGACAUCGUUCAAAGGAACAAGAGCGAGAACAGGACCAUAAUGAACGCAACAAACAGCGCAGUCGCCAUAAAUCAAAGGAUCAACAUUGUGAAAGGGAUGGGGAUGUUGCAUCCAAAAAAAGAAAUGAUGUCGGUGAGUGGAAUCAGGAUGCGUACAUUCGCCAUUAACUCUGUCUAUAAGGCUCCUCUGUCUCUAUUAGUUUGUGUGUGUGUGUGUGUAAAAGGAAAAAUACACCACCUGAUUUGUUUGCUGUAAAAGUUAUUGUACAUUGGAGAGCUCUUACAGUUGUUGCUGAUCCAGCAUGGAAAUACAAUCAAUAUAAUUUACUUAAACUCAUUGUACGAUUGCAGAUCUUCUAGACUUGUACUGUACUUGUUUAUGGUUUGGUUUAGAUGGCUGCCAGCUGAACAAUAACUUUUACUAUCAAAUUACUGUUAAUGUUCUUAAGCAACAUUUUUAUAUAUACAUAUCUAUGUGGGGGAUUGGGUGGGUGGGGUUGGGAAGGAAAAGUGAACAUACCCGAGUAUUCAGGAUGAGUUGGAUCAGCACAAUGUGUUUUUGUAAAUCCUCAAAUGUUUAACUUCUGCAUGCAGAAACCAGUUCAAGUUUAAAGACCACUCUGGCUUGUACUUGUAGUUGGGAUGCAUUUGGGGAAUCUAGUCUUGCCUUACACAUCAGACAUAAUUAAAAGGAAAGUAUUUUUUAAGUACUAGUACUAUGUACUGUAUGGUAUCAUUUUAUUUAUACUUGUAACAUUUGCAAAUAAUUCACAAAUAAUAUUAGCCAUUUUAUCUGCUUCAGAAUUGUUUAGAUGUAUUUUCUCUCCUGCAUCAUGCCAAUUACAACUGGCCUAUUUUAGAAAAUUUAUAGUUAAUAUGAUCACUUUGCUUCACGUAUCUGCAUAUCAUUGAUCGGAGGCUGGGAAAUACAAAGCAUUUUUACGAGAGAGAGACUUAUUGUUUAGAGUUUCGUAAAAUUAAUCGUUUGAACUGGUAAGGCAAUGGCCAUCUUAGACAGAUUAAGUUAUACACCAAAUUCCUAUUAUUUAUGUAUGUUAUGAUUUAUUUUGAUUUAGGAAUUGCUUGAGGGUUUUGUGUUUAUUCCCCUGUAAAAUUAUUUUGUUUUUCCAAAUGGCUUUGACAUUGCUUCAUGGCCAUAAAGAAAAGUUGUCUGUACUGUAUAUGCAUAUGUGAAAUUUAUUUUUGAAAUCUAAUUUGUAAGCAUUUGUAUAUAUUACUGUUAUUAUUGCCUUUGUAGAUGUUGACAGUAGUGGAUUCUGCUGCACUGUUUGAUAGUUAUUUAUUUAACUGUACAAAUGUUGGCUGUCCACGUUAACAGAAAUGCCAUUUCAGUAACAGGAACAAUGUUGCAUUGCUUCUGUUAUGUAAUGAAGAGACACA